GCUAUGCAAGAAGAACUACUUCAGUUUGCUAGGUUACAUGUUUGGGAACUUGUCCCUCAUCCCUUAGAUUGCUUGAUCAUAGGAACAAAAUGGGUUUUCAGAAAUAAAACAGAUGAAGAAGGACAAGUAAUUAAAAAUAAGGCAAGACUUGUGGCUCAAGGAUAUUUACAGGAAGAGGGAAUUGAUUUUGAAGAAUCCUUUGCACCUGUAGCUCGCAUAGAAUCAAUUAGAAUGAUGUGUGCAUAUGCAUGCUAUAUGAAAAUUCCUCUAUACCAAAUGGACGUAAAAAGUGCAUUUUUAAAUGGUGAGAUAAAAGAGGACGUAUAUGUAAGUCAACCUCCAGGUUUUGUUGAUCAUAAUCAUCCAGACCAUGUGUACAAGUUGUCUAAAGCGUUAUAUGAAUUAAAACGGGCCCCUAGGGCUUGGUAUGACAAAUUAUCUACUUUCUUGAAAAAUGAAGGUUUUUCCCAAUGGAACGUUGAUAAAACACUGUUCAUCAAGAAAGAAAAUUCAGAAACUUUGAUUGUGCAAAUAUAUGUCGAUGACAUAGUAUUUGGAUCAACAAACCCUGAAAUGUGUACUAAAUUUUGCCAAAUCAUGAAGUCAGAAUUCGAAAUGAGUAUGAUGGGAGAACUAUCACACUUUCUAGGAUUACAAAUUAAGCAAACAAAAUCAUGAAUUUUCAUAAAUCAAUCCAGUUACACUGGAGCUAUGCUUAAAAAAUUCGAUAUGAAUUUUGUGAAUGAACGUCCAAAAGCUAUGGCUGCAAAUCUGAAACUUGACAAAGAUGAAGGGGGGAAAGCAUUCUGUGAGAAAAAAUACAGAGGGAUGAUCGGAUCUCUCCUCUACUUGACAGCCAGUAGACCUUAUAUUCAAUUUAGUGUAGGAAGAGUACUUCAGGAACUAUUCAACUCCUUGGACCUGCUCUAGUGUCAUGGUUUAGUAAAAAACAAGGGGCAGUGGCUCUUUCAACAACUGAAGCUGAAUAUAUGGCAGCUGGAAGCUGCUGUGCUCAAAUUAUGCGGAUGAAAGCCCAGUUGUCUGAUUAUGGCUUUAAUUUCAAAGAUAUUCAAGUAUGUUGUGAUAACACAAGCGCAAUUAGUAUGACAAAGAAUCCUGUCCAACACUCUAGAACAAAGCAUAUUGAAAUAAAAUACUAUUUCAUUAGAGAUCUAAUCCAAGCAGGACACAUAUGCUUACAGUUUGUUUCGACUGAGUCACAACUAGACGUCCUAUUUACCAAACCUCUCCCUAGUGAACGCUUCUUGCAAAUUUGCAUGGAACUAGGGCUCAAAUCUUCAUGUCAGAUUAGAAAUCUUUCUCACUAAAUCUUGAUUGGCCCUCUCUUCCACUCUACAUAUUUGGCGUGUCUUGAUAUGGUAAAUAGAAACUUUUUGUUCAUGCUUGCAUUGUUCCAAGACAAAUCCAUGGAAGCUACCAUCUAAUCAUUACACUUUUCCUUGCUUUUUCCUGCGGGAAACUCUUCAGCUUCCAUCCGCUCCUCUCUUCUCUCCGCCUAUAUAAUCCUUCUCCCCUCUCUUCUCAUCUCCUAACUAUUCUAGCAACUAAGAUCAUCCAAACUCAGAGAGAAAUUCAGCCAUCCAGAAUGAGUGGUUAUAUUCCUCGUCCUUUUCAUUUUGAUGGGUUGGUUCACACCUUCUCAGGAUACAUGUUCCAUGAGCCCAGGGUGUUGAACCAUCAUCGAUAUCUCCAGCAUUUUGACAAGAGAAGGUUGCAUCACAUCACCCAACUUGACCCUUAUGAGUUUAAUGUCUAUAAAUAUGACAUUAUUUCUCUCAUCGAAGGGAUCGGGUGGGAUUUUCUUCUUCGACAGCCUAUUCAUCCUGCUUGUCCAGGAGCUGUCAAAUACUUCUUCUCAAAUCUCCAGAGUCCUGGUGUAAGCUCGAGGAGGUUCACCACACUGGUUUAUGGACACCUGUUAACCAUACCAGUAGAGGCUCUUAAUGGUAUUCUCGGCUUCCCAUCUCAAGGGCUUGGCCUGGCUCACCCAUCUGAGUUUUGGAAGCACGAGUUCAAGAUUGAGGUGGAGUACAACAACUUCUCUACAGAGUCAACUGGUGGCUCUGAUGUCCCAAUCCCUGUUUCCUGGCUUCCUCCAAGGUUGAGGAUUUUCCAUUACUUCCUCACUCACGUUUUCCUCCCUCGAUCCUUCAACCAGGAUUGUGUUCUCCCUAUGGACCUCUGGAUUAUUGCCAGUGCCACAGUAAGAAGGAAGCUCGAUUUCGCGAGCAUCAUGUUUGGUCAGUUUCUCCCUGUGGGGGACGAAAAUUACAAAGGUCUUCUACCUUUCGGUUCCAUCACCACUCGUCUGUUGAUCAACCUGGGAGUUGACUUAUCAGAGUUUCGAAGCAUCUCCUCCACAAUGUAUGUCAGUGCACUAAACGUGCUAAUGGUGCUUGAUCUGCCUACUGACUUACCUCCUCCUCCUCCUCCUUCUGCAUCUCUUCUCGGUCCCCCUCCAAAAUCUCAUUCUGCCAAGAGGGUCUCCUCUGGUAGAAAGGCCAAAUCUGUUGGUGAAUCCAGCAAGUCUGGAGAUCUUGUGUUUCCUAUCUCCGAAGGCAAUACCUCCUAUGAUGACUCUGCAACCUCUGCCCCUCCUGCCUAAAUCCUUCUGUUUCUUCUAUCCUUAGGUUGUAGUGCUCGCUGUACUGUUCUCUUGUUUUUAGGAGCCUUUUGUUCAGGGGGAAUGAGUUCCUUUAGUCUCUAGGUAGUUAGUUCCAAGCUUUUAGGGGGGAAUAUCUUCGAUAUUUCCAUAUUUUGUACUCUCAUUUCCCCUGUGUACCCUGCUCCUACUCCUAUUGUAAUGUUCUUCAAUGAAUGCAUUUAUGUUUUCGGUUUGGAUUCCUGGUCUGCUGGUGCGUUGUCUGUUUCUGUUUUUGCAGGAUCUCCAACAACUCGGACGAAGGGGGAAAUUGUUGGCUAAAACGACAUCGUGGCUGCUCUAUUAAAAACGGCGUCACUUCAGUACCGAGGAACGACGGCGUUUCGGUUUCGGAUGAUGUUUCGUCCUUCGCAGUUGUCGUCUCCAUCUCGAGCCUUUCAUUCUGAAGUCUUGAACUCUUCUUUCGAAAGCUCUGAGAAACCAUUUUUCCAAAUCUCCACCGACUCUAUUCAGCACGCAAUAAUGACUGCUACCAGGAGCGCUUCGUAGGAAACGGCACCUUCAGGGUUCCCCUAUAUAUAUCGAGUGAGUUCCUCAUUUGAAAGUAGCGGUUGGUAGUAAGAGCGAUUGGGAUUUUGCUUUAUCUAUCAUGGGCUAUUUUGGGUACCAUCUUCAGUAGAUAGAUCACAGGAGUUGAGAACUGGGUGAUCUUGUCUUGGGAAGUUGGGAUUAAGUAUCAUUUCUUGUAAUCAAAGUGCCAAGUCUCUUGGCUUGGCUAGGGAUCAAUUUCGAUCGAUUGUAGUUCUGUUUCAAGUUCAAUAAAAUCAUUUCAUUUUCACACUCACUCAGAGUUUACAAUGUUGUCACUUGGCAGAUUCGAGAGAUAUGCUUCUAGUUUCAUGAUUGUGCAAAGCAAUUCAGGCAGCCCUUAACGGUUUUGGUUAUAAUAAAUUUGAAAACUGAAAAAACAAUUCAUUGAGUUAAAAGAUUAUUUAUUUUUAUCGGAUUAUUAACGGUUUUCAGUUUUAACCAAAAUGAUUAAGAACUUGUCAAUUUUAUCCCAUUAAGGAAAAUCAAUAAACUUAGAAAACCAUUUUGGUUUUUUUUUUACAAGGUGUGAGUGCAUUUCAUUAAGAUAAACAGCACAAGCCUGUGGUGUUACAUGAAAGACCCAGAAAAGGACUUAAAGCAUGGUGUGGUUAAAUGACUUAAGUGUAUAGGGUUUCACAAUCACAGGAAAGUUUACUUACGUACCCAACAGGCAGCAGCUUUAGUUGAAGAGUUUUAUACAUAUAUUUUGGUUAAAUUUGUGUUUAGUAUAAAUUGAAUUGAGUUUGGUAAAUAGUAAUUACUAAUUAGUUGCUAGUUGUGAAGUUGUUAUUUCAGAAAAUUCAAAAUUAUGGGAACUUUUGUUCAUUUUGGCUUGGAACGCCUAGGCGACGUCUAAGUGAGCUAGGCACUAGGCAGGAACUCAACGCCCGUCUUACGUCUAGCGCUUUCUUGAACAUUGGAUAAUAUGAUGUUAUAUUGGUAACCAAUUAACCAAACCGAUUAAACUUUAGUUUGGUUAAUUUGGUUGUUGUAUUAGUUUGGACGAUUUGGUUAUCAUAAUGCAUUCCAUAAUUAAUAGAAUUUAACCUUAUUUAAUUUGAUAAUUACCAUGUUAACUAUUUGAACAUCAC